GGGACGGAUCUGUUUUACGUUCGAUUUUACGUUUAUAAAUCGGCAAAUUGCGCGUGCGUGCGUGCGUGCGUGUCGUGAAGUGUGACCUAGCGGCUGAGCAGACGUGUGUAAGAAAGGAGUCACCGUGGGAUCGCGGCUGAAUGUUAGUAAACUUUCCAUCACGCCUCGAGCAACGUGUGGAAAAAACGAAGCAAGGAGCACGAUCACUCGUCGUUUUACAAGUUCCUACAAAUGGAGCACAAUCACAAGAACACCGACUGCUACUUUUUCUAUUACUCCACGUGUAAGAAGGGAGAUUUUUGUCCCUUUAGACACGAACCAUCGGCUUUAGGUUGUGAAACCAUGUGUACAUUCUGGCAGCAAGGCAGUUGCCUCAACGAACAUUGUAAUUUCAGACACAUGGAACUGAAGAAAAAUCGCAAGUCAAUUCCAUGCUACUGGGAAACACAACCCGGAGGAUGCAGGAAGCCGCACUGUUCAUUCUUGCAUAAGAAUGCACGAACCAUCAAUAAUCCUAUCAACCCUGUAAAGACAGAAGUAACAACAAAGUCUCCAAAUCAGGAGUGGUUGAGCCGUCAAGGUAAAGAUGACACAAAAUAUGACGGCAGUAGUACUGAAUCAGACCAAGGUAGAGGCAGCAGUGAAGCUGGCAGUUUCAUCGGGAGCCCGGCCGUCGAUCCUCUCAUCGUUAAAUUCGAAGAAGAUUCCGACAACGAGACCAUGUUUUCGCCGAUCAAGCAAAAGACCGCUGUACGCUGCUGCGACAGUGUCGAGCAAAAGCGUCUGGAGGAGGUCCAGGCGGUGAGUGCGGCUUAUUACGCUUACGAACACAAGAUGGAUACGCCCGCGACCAAGCCUAACUGGCACAAUAGGAAGCACUUGCUGAGCUUGCACGCCAAAGACAAGCAGCCGGAGAAGAGCAUGGACUUCAAGAUCCUGACCCUCGCGGAGAUUCGAGAGAGGCGAGAGAGGGAGAGACUGGCCGUCGAAGCUGAAGUUUCGACUUCGUCUCGAUCUACGGAGGAUACGGAACGUACAUUGAAGAACAUGGAGUAUAUAGAGAAUACGGAAAUGCCGACAAGCUCCUCCUGCGAGCAGGACACGACGGUCGCGAUGCCGGCCGAAGCAGCGGAGAAGCCGACUGAGCAGGGCCAGACGCUCACGUCCCCGUUGGGGAAACGCAAGGUCAGCGAGACGGAUUUCAAGCCAUCCACGGCUCCGGUGAAACUGCGAAGGUCCUUGAAACAAAGCACGGUGGUUGAACCGCGUGUUGACACGGUGAACAAGAAGGGCGACGAGACGGAACGUCGCGACGAGCAGCUGAGCGACGAGCAACUGAACAACGAACUGUUCAACAAUAAGCAGCUGAACGAGGAAUGCCCGGUUGACGAGUACAUCAGGCUAGACGCGACAUCCGAGGAUAUAAUUAAGGACAUAGAUGAGUUACUCGUGUAGACAAGUAUAAAUUGUACGCAUUCUGUACAUAACUAGCGUUAUGUAGACAUAUCACGAUGAUACAUUGUACAAGGUAGAAGGGAGGUUGCAUAUGUCAGGGAGAGGGAGGUGUAGUACAGAUUGUACUAUCGAUGAUUAGUUUCUGGCCUCAAUGCGACGUGAGAACUCUUUGUACUCUCACAUUUGAGAGAAAGAACGAAAAGAGAGAAAUCGAAAAGUGAUAGAAAAGUUACGAGGGCCGAAGAGGGAAAGAGAAGGAGUUGCAAGCAUUGUAGAACGUUCGUCUUCUGUGAUACUCUUUCGCUGAAGGCCGCUAUACAUAAGCAUCGCAAUGUUUCCGCGGUAUUUAACGGCGUAUAUUUGUUGCUAUAUAUUCGUCGCGUUAAGAUGCUUAUGUUGCGCUGUGUCGUAUCUUAUUUUCUCGCUCAGGUAACUUCGUGUAUAGCAGCCUUCAACAGUCGCGCACUGGGACGAAAUGGCGCGGGCGGCUGGAGUCACUAUCGCAAAGUCCUUUGAACGACAGUAAAUUAUAGUGACGGAUGCCGAAGGAGAGCGAUGACCGUACGACGGCGUUAUUAUGCGAUGUAAAUG